AUGGCAUUCAAGAAGCGGCGCAUCUUUGAUUUGCGGCAGGUUCAGGCCCAACAAAUGGCUACCACCACUGCCACUCGACGACGCAGUGAUCCCAUCCACAUCAAUCAACAAAAUUCCAUCCAUCCUAAACAUCGUUUUCGCCAGUUUAGAGAUUGGUUCACUGACAAUAUGCGGAACUACUGCCAGACUACGUCCCUUCACGGAUUCAGUUACAUCACCCGACAGGACAUCAGUCGCAAUGAGCGUUGGUUUUGGCUGGUGGUUGUGAUCCUGGCCAUCAUCACAUCCAUUGUCCUGGUCGUCUUCUCCUGGUAUUGGAGUCAAGAAACUCCAACGGUGACCGUUAUCGAGAGCUCGCACUUUCCCACCUGGAAUAUUCCGUUCCCAGCGGUCACUAUAUGUAACUUUAACAAGAUAUCCAAGAACAAGGCACUCAGUUUGCUGGAACAAAUGCAACUCCCAGUUGGUGUUAACAAAUCGGAGCUUCACAACCUCUUCAAUCUCACACUUUUGCCGGUGGACAACCUCAUCAGCAACAGCUCACUGCAUAUCUAUGAUCGAAUUUUAAGUCUCAAUAAUCUUACACUCACAGGACUCACCCAGCAAUUAUCACCAGACUGCAUCGAUAUGAUCUCCAGUUGCAUUUGGAAGGGCAUUAAUACCCGAUGUGACAGUCUUUUCCAACGAAUAGAUACAAUGGAAGGGCAGUGCUGCACCUUUAACUACUUUGGUGGUAUUACCAAUAAUUUUCCAGAAAAAAUCGCAUAUCAGGUUCCGAAGCGACCUUAUCGGGUCACAGGUUGCGGCUAUCCCACAGGUCUCUCCGUGCUGCUUAAUCCCAUGAUAUCUGACUAUUACGGAACGUUCUUCAGUGGCUAUGGGUUUCGACUACUCCUUCACGAUUCCUACAACUUUCCAGAUGAGAACUCGGAGACCAAAGUCGUGACCACAACAAGGGAAAGUUUUGUAAGGAUAAAUCCAGAGUCUACCUACGCUACCAAUGAUAUCCGACGUAUGGACUUGUCCUUGAGGAACUGCCUCUUUGGCAGCGAGAGGAGUAUGCAUGGACUACGAAGGUAUUCCUUUAUCAACUGUAUGUUUGAAUGCCGUGUCCGGAUGGCCGUAGAUCUCUGCGGGUGUCUUCCGCCUUACGUUUUUAAUAAUGGCACUUAUAAAGUGUGCGGCGUGCUGGAAACCAACUGCAUGAUUCACAGCAAAAGACUCUUUUCCCAUGCUCUUGGUAAUUUGAAUUUCUCACUCUCGAUUGUUCGAGAGACGGAUAGCUUUCCCUGCGGAUGUCUGCCGGACUGUCAGUCGAAUCAUUAUGUUUCGGAGAGUACUACAGGACGGCUGGAUAUGAGUUACUUUGCCAAUCGUCCAACAUACAGCAAUGCCACGGACAGGAUACUGCUGCAUGUGUUCUUCAGUGAUCUGAUGAGCACCAGGUACCGUACGGACAUAUUCCAGAAUUGGCUAUCUGCUUUAGCUUCUUUUGGUGGCUUGCUCGGUCUAAUUAUGGGAUUCAGCAUAGUGACGGCCUUUGAGUUUCUCUACUUCCUGACAUUUAGGCCAGUUUUCAACUACAUUAACCGGGACUAGAGCCGCAAAACACAGUUGCACUCCACACACACAGC